CGCCGCUCCAUUAUUUGCAGGUUUUAUCAGGAAGUGUAUAUAAGCAACUUUCCGUGCUCGAUUUAAUUAGUAAGUUUGGUGUCGACAAACAGUGACAGUUAAAUACAAAGAAAAAUGAAUUCAGAUAGCGUGAUCUUUAAAGUCUUUUUAAAGACUAACGAUUCUAUCGAAACAAGAAAGUUCGUCGUAGACGACGUUUCAGUAAUAACUAGCUUCCUUUAUAUAAAAGGAAAACUUGCAAUGGUCUUUCCAAAGUUAAAUAAUGUUCCGUUUGAAAUAACCUGGAAAGAUAUGGAUGGCGAUAACAUCAUCAUCGAUAACGAUGAAGAUUUAGUCAUGGCAUUUACUGAAAUGUCUGGGCCAGUGAAAGUUUUGUAUGUAACGGCUACACAGCCCCAUCAAGAAAAUCCAAGUAGAGUUUUCGGCGUUUAUUGCGAUGCUUGCAACAAGGAGAUUACAGGAUACAGAUACAAGUGCCUUCAAUGUCCAGAUUUUGACCUUUGCUCAGAUUGCGAACAUGCCGGACAUCAUAAAGAACAUUACAUGCUGCGUAGUGCCAAUGGAGAGCUCCCAUUUUCUGGGAUGUGCAAAAGAAUUUCUGAGAAUAUUAACAAAAGCAUUAAAAAAGCUCAAUCGAUGGCCUACAAAGAAGCUCAUCGUAAUGCAAAACAUUCAAGGAAAUACGAGAAGAAAUGUGAUCAUGCAUCAAAAUUUAAAUGUGGCAAUGAGGAUCCAGUAAACUUUUAUGAAAUUCCCGAGUCUGUUAUGGAAAUGAUGAACAAUAUUUUUAUGGGUUAUCCAAGGGGGUGUCCAUUCCAAAACCAAAAUCAACAACAAGAAUCGCAACCGCAAACGUCUCAACAAUCGCAAACUAACGAAGGACAGCAACAAACCAAUGAAGGACAACAACAAACCAAUGAAGGACAACAACAACAAACCAACGGAGGACAACAACAACAACAACCGCAACAACCUCCGUUUGUAGACAUGAUUAUGAAAGCUUUGAGUAAUAUUUUCCCGGAACCCAGAACAACUCAAGCUUCUACACGUGCCGAUGUUACCAUGAAUGCUCCUACACCAACUCCAACUCCAACUGGAAAUGGACAAUCUCAACAACCGCAAGGUGCUUCAUCCGGACAAUCAUCUUCACCGAUGGAAGAAGAUGUUGAUAUGAGAAAUCCUAUCCCAAAAAGCCAAUCUUGGACUAUCAUCAAUCAUGAUAGUGUUCAAAAUGUACCAGGAGAAGUUCUGCUACCUUCACAAAUCCCGCAAGUUUCGCAAAUUCCGCAAAUUUCGCAAGCUUCACAAAUUCCACAAACUUCGCAAAUUCCAAUGCCAACAAUUCCGCAAUAUCAUCAAAUUCCACCAGCUACUGCACCAAUAAACCCUCAAGAUCAAAAGAUAUUGGAUGGUUUAAAACAAUUAAAGGAUAUGGGUUUCAAAGAUCACCCAGAGUUGCUCGCCCUUCUUAAGAGAUACGAUGGACAAGUUGGAUUUGUUAUUAAACACAUUUUUGAUAAUAAUGAUAACAACAUAAUAUAAAAAAUUAGAUGUAUAAUUAGAUAUAUUUAGAUGCACUAUAUAAUAUGAUUAUCGUUAUGGGAUACAGGAAUGUUAUUCAAAAUUUUUGGACAACGGACUUUUAUUACUUUUGGGAUGUUAUAUUUUAGACACUUAACCUUUAUAAACAAACAUACACAUUUGUAUUUUUAAAUAUCUCUUAAUAAAGUAUAUAAAGAAAUGGA